AUGGAGGUUGAUCUCAUCAUUGAGAAUGCCACAGUGGUAACGGCAUCUGAUGUCCACGUGAGACAAGAUAUUGUGGUUCGCGACGGCAAGAUCUUAGCUGUAGGCCAGGAUCUCAAGUCUCUUUUCUCGGCCAAGACAGUGAUAGAUGCACAACAUGGCUUCGUCAUGCCGGGCGGCGUGGAUUCCCAUGUACACCUUGAUCAGUAUCAGGACAACUCUCCAACAGGAGACAACUUUGAGACCGGCACUCGAUCAGCGAUUGCAGGAGGCACAACAACGAUUAUUGCCUUUGCUACACAGGAACGCACCCAUCAGUCUCUUCACCCAGUCGUAGAUGACUAUCACUCACGCUCCCGAGGGAAGUCAUACUGCGACUACGGUUUUCACAUCAUUCUCCCAAACCCGACCCCCACCAUCCUUCGCGAUGAACUUCCAUUCUUUGUCAGCGAGAGCAUCACCUCCGUGAAGCUCUACAUGACCUACGAGCCCUUGCAGCUCAAAGACGGCGAGAUCCUAGAUGUCAUGAUGGCUACGAGGAACCUAGGCAUGACAACCAUGGUGCACGCUGAAAACAGCGACAUGAUCACCUGGAUCACGGCACGCCUUGCAGAGCAGAAACUCACUGCGCCGUACUAUCACGCCAUCAGCCGGCCCAACAUCGCCGAAGAUGAAGCAACGUACCGCAUUAUCGCCCUUGCUGAGCUCUCUGAUAUCCCCAUUCUCAUCGUCCACAUGUCUUCCAAGACCUCCACCGCGCACGUCAGGAGCGCGCAGACAAGGCUCCUGCCAAUUCACGCGGAGACGUGCCCCCACUACCUCUAUCUCACAGCCGAUGCCCUGAAGCCGUCUCAUCCGGCCACUGAUGGCUUCUCCGGCGCGAAGCAUAUCUGCAGUCCGCCAUUACGUGAGGACCGCAUGGAUUUGGACGCCAUGUGGGCUGGUAUUGCCAAUGGGACGUUUACGACCUUCAGCUCAGAUCACGCGCCGAGUAAAUAUGAUCACCCUGAAGGCAAAAAGGCGGGAUUGGGCAAGGAAGAUGGCUUGAUGAGGUACGACCAGGUUCCCAACGGGCUUCCCGGCGUUGAGACACGACUACCGCUGCUAUUCGAGGGCGGCGUGUUAACGGGUAGAGUGACGCCACAGAAGUUUGUCGAGGUCACGGCGACGAACCCGGCAAAGCUUUACGGGUUGGGAGACACGAAGGGGGCGAUUGCCGCAGGAUAUGAUGCCGACUUUGUAAUCUGGUAUCCAACGAUUGAGCAAGUUGCUGCCAGCGGCGGGACGGGCUCAGCAAAGAUGGAGCCGUUUGUCUUGGAGAACUCGAUGUUGCAUCAUGAUAUCGAUUACUCGCCUUUCGAAGGGAUGAAGUUUAACAAUUGGCCGCGUUAUACCAUUUUGCGAGGCAAAGUGGUUUGGGACCGCGAUAGUAGCGGUAUUGUCAGCGAUAUGGGAUAUGGCGAUUUUUUGCGGCGUGGAAAGAGCACAUUGAGCAAGCCGAGGAAUCAAUGGGUGAAUGAGUUCCAGCCAUUGCCGAUGAAAUGA